AUGCGCCUCAACAUUGCAUAUUUGGACAACGGCCAUCGGAAGAGCAGGGUAGAUAUUGAUUUUCUGGACAGAUCCGUGAGCCAGUUUCUCCCCUCCAAGUCUGAUGCAAUAAAAGGCACAUUCCCCAUCAACGGAAACGCGACGAACAAGACACCGGUUCGGAAGCAUGUGCCCAGGAGGAUCGAUAACAACGUCCCGAAGAAGCCUGUAGAAGCCGACCAAAGCACCGAAGCCGAUGGAGUCGACCCGGCGCCGCCACCACUGGUCCCGAGGCUCAACGAGCCCGAACUCCGGAUCCCUCCUACCAACGACUCUCGCCCUCCGUCCCGCCCAGGGUCAAGUCACCAGCGUAUGACCAACUGGCUGAAGCGGGAAUCUAUUGGUGGUUCACUACCGGUGAGGAAACAGCGUCCGGGGUCUGUUCUUUCGACACAACGGUCGGUCCCAGAGAGGCUGAACUCACCCGAUGACAUUGUCUCGUUUGAGCCCAGCCCUGCGGUCAAACCACCCCUGGUUUCGCGCCCUAGCCAUCAGCGACAUGCAUCUCUAUACAGCUCCAUUACCUCUACGACGACGGGUUCAAAGGGUGGGUUCGUCGAUAUCCUCGAUGCGCACUCCGAAAUCAAGCCCGCCAACUUCCGAAACCGAAUCCAAGCCACCGGCGCCAGAGACUAUGGGGAGGAUGUUGCCGACCGGAACAUCGCGCUGAACGUACCCGAGGUGCCACCCUCGAUAUCUUCAACAAGACGUGCCUCCUCGUACUCCACAUCCACUUUUACUACUGAGGCCCCGCUUCACCUGCGCCGGCUUCCCAUGUCGCCCGACGUGUCUCGGAAUCUAUAUCAGGGAAAUUACCACCAACACUAUGCGGCAUCUGAUGCUGAUGAAAUGGAGAGGACCAACUCAAUGGUGUCUUCGCCCCGACCGGCUAUGCGUCUCUGUACCCCUCCUAUUCGAAGCAUGCCCAGGCGGUCCAGUGUCACCUCAUUGACGAACGACGCCUACGAUCAGCGGCCACCGUCCCGGGACACUUCGGAGUGGGGGCGAAUCGAUGUGGAGUCCAAUGCCGAUGCUAUGGCAUCACCGGCACCGUCACCACACGUUCGACGCGGAGACCGAGGCCGCUCGGAUACCGACUCCCUCUACGACUAUGAGCGGACUCGUAGCCUUGCUUCCCUCAAGAAUCGAGCUGGGUGCACGACAUCGUCUUAUUGCGCCUAUCCCGAGAGCGGCUACCACACACCCUUGACGUCUUCGGCGGCAACCAUUGUGAAGGAUAGUUCUUUCAACAUGGAUGAUUACCUCUCUUCAGAGGACGAACUGGACGGCGAGUCGAUUCUCCCGUAUAGCAACCCAGCGUCGCUCUAUCGCGAUCCGAUCCAGCGCACGUACGGCGUUGAGACAGAUGAUGACGAGGACCUGAGGUCUUUCGAAAAGGAUACCCACUCGAUUGGCGAUAUCACGGCACGGGUAAAAGCCAUGAGGGCGGCGCUGUACGAGGCCAUCGCUGAGGAGAAGGCUGGCAAGGUUGAUGUCAAGAUGGCCGUCCGAAUGAGGAAAGAAGCCAAGGCCAAGAAGAGAGCGUCAACCAUGUCCCUCACACGUCGGAGCAAGGCGCCAUCUGGAGUGGAAGUCGAUGACGGCCACCACGCCGAUGUGGAGUGA